UGUGCCCCUUAAUCCCUCCAAAUCCUUCGAUAUUCUUUUUGACAUUCCCUCUAAAAAGACAGGGUUGAUCCAAAGCCUUCAGAUUUGACCCCCAACCCCGUAUACCCAGGAAGAUUUUUUUGUCGUUGCAGGCUGUCAUCCGCUUUAGCAGCAUUUCAUUUUUUAAUUCCAUUGUUUGUAUAACUUAAAUUAACUAAAAAAUAUUUGUGUUAUUCACUCAUAUUUUUUUUCAAAAGGAUGAUUCUACCAACCCCAACCUCCUUUUUUCGGCCCCUCACAAAAUUUAGUCAUUUUCCUCCUUAUGAAUGUCUUUUUUGUUUGCUAAUAUUCACUCAAACAUUUUUUUAAUUCUCAAAAAAUGUUUUUCUUUUAAAUUUAAAGCUUAUUUUUUAAUUUUUCUAAAUAAAAUGCUAUUCAAAAAUGGAGAAAAUAAAUACAAACAAUAUUGAAACAAAGUAAAGGAUUUCAAAGAAUAAUUAAAUUGGUUUUCAGCAGUCAAAUUUCAACAAUUUUUAACACAAUUCUUGAUAAGGAAAGAUUUUUAAUUUUUAAUGUAGAAAGUGAGAACACAAGGAAAAUGGGUUAUCCUUUGGAUGAUAAUUUACUUUGGUCUCAAUUUUUGCCUUAUUUUAUUCUUGCAUUAAUUAUUUAUUCAAUUUUGGCUAUUUUUUGGAUACUUUGGAAUAUUUAUACUUAUAGAAGAUUUGGAAAAUACUAGAAAGGGUCGAACAGUCAGAAGACUAUACGAAAGAUGGCGUCUUUUGAGCAUUUACGACCAAAUCCCAUUGCCCAACUCAAAUAGUGUGAUUACUACAAUUAACAAUGAACAAGAAAAUAUUUCAACUGCUCAACCAUUGUUACCAAUUUAAAGAGCGAGGUGCUUAUAAGUAGAGAUUAAAUAAAUUUAAAAUGAUAUUAAAAAUAUCCCAAAGAAAAUAUCCCCAAGAAAUUUUAUUGGACCACAAAACUCCAAAAUGUGAUUCCUACCAUUUUAUUCAAAUUAUUUUAAAUAAAAUUAAAUUGUGUUUUUCUAACACUAAACGGUACCUCAUUAAUAUCUCACCCCAAAUCCGAGUCU